AAUAAAAACCAAAAAAAAAAAAAAAAAACCAGAAAAAAAUAAAAAACCAAAAAAAUUUAUUCAAUUAAAUAAAUAUGAGUAAUAACGCCCAAAACUACGAUGCAGUAUUAAAAUUUUUAGUAAUCGGAGAUUCUGGUGUAGGAAAAACAUGUGUACUAUUAAAAUAUUGCGAUGACACUUUUACAAAUGUUCAUUUGACUACAAUAGGAAUCGAUUAUAAAUUAAAACAAGAAAUAAUAGAUGGAAAAAAAGUAAAGCUAUAAAUAUGGGAUACUGCUGGUUAAGAAAGAUUUAAAACAAUAACAUAAAGUUAUUAUAAAGGAGCAACUGGUAUAAUAUUAGCAUAUAGUGUCAUUGACCCUAAUAGUUUCAAAAAUAUUACUGAUUGGAUGAAAUAAAUAAAUAUGCACGCAGAUGCUAAUGUAAAAAAAAUUAUUAUUGCAAAUAAAUGUGAUAUGAAAGAUGAAAGAAAAGUCUCCACUAAAGAAGGAGAAGAUCUUGCGGAAAAAUAUAAUGUUAAUUAUUUCGAAACAUCGGCUAAAGAUGGACUGAAUAUAAGAGAAGCUUUCAGAUGUAUUGCGAAAUAAGCCUUUGAUACUAUUGAUUUUUCAUCUUUGAAAUAAUAAGGCGUUAUUAGUGUAAAUGGAGGAAAUAAAAAUUAAUAAAAAAAAGAAGGAUGUUGUUGAUUUUUUUUUUUUUAUUAUUAUUACC